GUGAGCUGUGAUUGGUCACAGCGUGUCACAUGGUACAAGGCUGUUGUGAAUAGCCCUGUACCAUGUGAUCCCUGUGAUCAUUCACAGAUUUCACACGUAGUAAGCAAUGAUGUCACAAGUGACAUCUUGCUUACUACUCUGCAUGUGAUCCCUGAUUGGCCAAUCAGUGAUCACAUGAUCGGGACCUCGCACAGAGGUCCUCGGCUACGCAAAACUUUUCAGAUGAUUUUCUUAUCGUGUACGGGGCAUUAGGCUGGUCAUACACUAUACAGUUUUCAUACAAUUUUCGGUCCAAUUUCCUUUAGAUUUACCUUCCACUAUGUAGUGCAAGGGCCCGCCUGA